UGAAGUCGAAAGUGGAACUCUUUUGUGAUGGAGGGUUAUUUUGUAUAACUUCCGUGAUAAACAAAAAACGUGUUUGAUGCUGAAAGCAAGUGCUUUUAUCAUUGGGUAUGAAAUGGAAGAGGAAAUACAGAAGUUAAAGAUACAACUUGAAUUAAAAGAGCAAGAAAACAGACGAUUAAAGGAGUUAUUGAAAAUCCCAAAUGCAUAUCCAAGUACAUAUGAUGUAAAACAAGAGUCAAGGACAUCUUUAACAAAUGCAGAAAUUGGAAGAUACAGCAGACAGUUAAUCCUCCCAGAGAUUGGUGUUCAAGGACAGCUGAAGUUAGCUAAUACCUCUGUACUGGUGGUCGGGGCUGGGGGCCUGGGGUGUCCAGCAGGUAUUUACCUUGCAGCAGCUGGAGUGGGAAGGAUAGGCAUCGUAGAUUAUGAUGAAGUAGAACUGUCAAAUUUACAUCGCCAGAUUCUCCAUUCUGAGGGAAAAGUCGGAGUGGCUAAAUCCUCCUCUGCUGCUUCAGCAUGUAGUCAGCUGAAUUCCCUUGUGCAGUGUGUACCCUACAGAGUACAGCUUGACAGCUCGAAUGCUUUACAGAUCAUUAAGAACUAUGACAUUGUGUUGGAUGCCAGUGAUAAUGUAGCUACUCGGUAUCUACUGAAUGAUGCCUGUAUUCUGUGUAAGAAACCGCUGGUGUCGGGAAGUGCCCUACGAUUUGAAGGACAGUUAACAGUUUAUGGUUAUAAAGAUGGUCCCUGCUAUAGAUGUUUGUACCCCAAACCCCCACCCCCUGAAACUGUCACAAACUGCUCUGAUGGAGGGGUGCUGGGAGUCAUACCUGGAAUAAUUGGAAGCAUACAAGCCCUGGAGGCCAUUAAAAUAGCUUGUGAAAUGGGAUCCUCAUUUUGCCAAAAAAUGCUUUUGUUUGAUGGCCAGGAAGGAACAUUUAGGACUAUCAAACUGCGAUCAAAACAGCCCUCAUGCAUUGUAUGUGGAGACUAUCCAGAAAUUACAGAAUUGAUUGAUUAUCAGCAGUUUUGUGGUUCUCGGGCAGAUGAUAAGGAGAAGUCUUUGCACCUUUUAGAAACAGAGAACAGAAUCACUGUACAGGAGUACAAGCAGAUUCUAGACUCCCGACAGAAGCAUGUAUUGAUUGACGUUAGGAUGCCAGUAGAAAUGGAGAUCUGCAAGCUACCCACCGAUACUUAUAAUUUACCAAUAAACUGUGUGGGAAGAGAGGACAGUUUAGCUAGCCUGAAAAGUCACAUCCAAUCUAGAUCAGCUGGUCAAGAGUUUUUUCCUGUUUAUGUUGUCUGUAGAAGAGGAAAUGAUUCACAAAUUGCUGUACAGAAACUCAAGAACCAUUUUAAAUCAGACUCCAUUCAUUUUAAAGACAUUACAGGUGGACUUUAUGCAUGGGCAAAACAUAUAGACACCAAUUUUCCUGUUUAUUAAUUCAAAUAAAAAAUAUAAAACAAAA